AACAGACAGACACACAGAGAGAGAGAGAGACAAACAGACAGACACACAGAGAGAGAGAGAGACAGAGAGAGAGAGAGAUAGAGAGACAGACAGACAGAGACAGAUAGGCAGAAAGAGAUAGACAGAGCGCGCGCGCGCGCGAGAGAGAGAGAGAGAGAGAGAGAGAGAGAUGAAAAUUACGGUCCGGCCACACAAAUAGACGCGCCACGCAUGAAGAACUUGUACUGCCGGGGCGACAUUGAACUCCGUGGAGCGGAACAGAGGGACUGUCACAUCCCGGGUGGUUAUAGAGAGCGCUCAUGGUGCUGGUUACCCACAUCAUUUCUCCCAUGUUUUCCACGAAGUGAAGGAGGUGAAAACUACCCGCCGCCAUUUUUUUGGGAAGUGACUGACUGGGAGUGGGGAGUUAGCUGUAAACUGGGUAGAUCUGAAGGGCCCCAGCUGAUUUAGUUUAUAUUCCCGGUGAGUCAUCACCUUCAGCGCUGUCAGUGCCGACGGUUUGGAUACUGUAAAUACACCGACUCUUCUUCACUACACGAGCUGCCGAAGCUCCGGGGGAAUAAACACUAGAGAUUGUGUUGACAAAUCUCUCCUGUAUUCUCACGGUUUCCUCCCAGGAUAGCUGGUGUAUUAGCCACAUUAGCACAUUGAGGUUGUCUCUUGGAGUGCCUGUUGGACGGGUCUCUAUGUGUACACUGCCUCCCUCUGGCAGAUGAGUAACCAGCGGGGCCUGACGCGUUGCAGUCGCAAGGCCAGAUAGUCCCCUGCAAGUGCGGUGGGUCCCCUGGCUCGCAGCAUGCCCUCUACCAGCCGGGCAGGGAGCCUGAAGGACCCCAAUAUCGCAGACCUUUUCUUCAAGGAGGACCCCGAGAAGCUCUUCACAGACCUUCGUGAGAUCGGUCAUGGGAGCUUUGGCGCUGUUUAUUUUGCCCGAGAUGUGCGGACUGCAGAGGUGGUGGCCAUCAAAAAGAUGUCCUACAGUGGGAAACAGUCCAAUGAGAAAUGGCAGGAUAUCAUUAAGGAAGUCAGAUUCCUACAGAGAAUACAACAUCCAAACAGCAUAGAAUAUAAAGGAUGCUACCUGCGGGAACACACAGCAUGGCUUGUCAUGGAGUAUUGUUUGGGCUCAGCCUCUGACCUCCUUGAAGUUCACAAAAAGCCCCUUCAGGAAAUUGAGAUUGCAGCAAUUACCCAUGGUGCUUUGCAGGGCCUUGCAUACCUUCAUUCCCAUAACAUGAUUCACAGGGAUAUCAAAGCUGGGAACAUCCUGCUGACCGAGCCUGGACAGGUCAAACUGGCAGACUUCGGUUCUGCCUCCAUCGCCUCUCCGGCCAACUCUUUUGUGGGGACACCAUAUUGGAUGGCCCCUGAAGUGAUUCUAGCCAUGGACGAGGGACAGUAUGAUGGAAAGAUCGACAUCUGGUCUCUUGGGAUCACUUGCAUAGAAUUAGCGGAAAGGAAGCCCCCUCUUUUUAACAUGAAUGCGAUGAGUGCCUUAUACCACAUAGCGCAGAAUGAGAGCCCCACGCUGCAGUCAAGUGAAUGGACAGAUUAUUUUAGAAAUUUUGUUGAUUCUUGCCUUCAGAAAAUCCCCCAAGACAGACCACACUCUGAGGAUCUGUUGCAGCAUGCCUUCGUCCAGCGAGAGAGGCCGGAAUCUGUCCUGAUGGACUUAAUAUUGCGGACAAAAGAUGCUGUCCGAGAGCUGGACAACCUGCAGUACCGCAAGAUGAAAAAGAUCCUCUUUCAGGAGGCCCACAACGGGCCGAACACCGAGACCCAGGAGGGAGAUGAGGAGCCGGAGCACGGUGCUGGGCGCACAGGCACAGUGAGCAGUGUAGGCAGUAACCAGUCCAUUCCCAGCAUGUCCAUCAGUGCCAGCUCUCAGAGCAGCUCAGUGAACAGCCUUCCAGAUGCUGCUGAUGACAAGAGUGACCUCGACCUGGAGAAAGACCACACUGUGAUGUCUAACAGUUCGGUCAUACACCUGAAGCCUGAAGAAGAGGAAGUUUACCAUGAGGAUCCUGAGACACGUCCUCAUCCUACAGAGGCCCUAACAGCACCUGCACAGCCCCCACAACGCAAGCACCAUCGCAACCGCGAGCACUUUGCCACCAUCCGCACAGCGUCUCUGGUGACACGGCAGAUGCAAGAACACGAGCAGGACUCUGAGCUGAGGGAGCAGAUGUCCGGUUACAAGCGCAUGAGACGGCAGCACCAGAAGCACCUUAUGGCCCUAGAGAACAAGCUGAAAGCAGAGAUGGAUGAACACAGGCUGAGACUGGACAAAGAGCUGGAGGCCCAGAGAAACAGCUUUGCCGCCGAGAUGGAAAAACUGGUGAAGAAAAACCAAGCAGCCAUGGAGAAAGAUGCCAAGCUAUUUUCCUCUGAUGAGAAGAAAUUCCAACAGCACAUUCAGGCCCAGCAGAAAAAAGAGCUCAGUAGCUUCCUGGAGUCACAGAAACGAGAAUACAAGCUACGUAAGGAGCAACUGAAAGAGGAGCUCAAUGAGAACCAGUCCACCCCCAAGAAGGAGAAGCAGGAGUGGCUGUCGAAGCAGAAGGAGAACUUUCAGCACUACCAGGCAGAGGAGGAGGCCAACCUGCUCCGCCGCCAACGCCAGUACCUGGAGCUCGAGUGUCGCUGCUUUAAACAGCGAAUCCUCAUUGCAAGACACAAUGUGGAGCAGGACCUUGUACGGGAGGAGCUCAAUAAGCGUCAGACGCAGAAAGAUCUGGAACACGCCAUGCUGCUCCGCCAUCAUGAGUCCAUGCAGGAGCUGGAGGUGAGGCAGCUGGGUACCAUCCAGAAGAUGCGUACAGAGCUGAUCCGCUUGCAGCACCAGACGGAGCUCACCAACCAGCUGGAGUACAACAAACGCAGAGAAAGAGAGCUGCGCAGAAAACAUGUCAUGGAGGUCCGACAACAGCCCAAGAGCCUUAAGUCAAAAGAGCUGCAAAUCAAGAAGCAAUUCCAGGACACAUGUAAGAUUCAGACACGACAAUACAAGGCCCUACGUAACCACCUCCUGGAGACCACGCCCAAGUCUGACCACAAGCUUGUGCUGAAGAGACUGAAGGAGGAGCAGACCAGAAAAUUAGCCAUCCUCGCUGAACAGUACGACCAUUCAAUCAAUGACAUGCUCUCCACACAAGCUCUGCGUUUGGAUGAGGCUCAGGAGGCCGAGUGUCAGGUGCUAAAGAUGCAGCUGCAACAGGAGCUGGAGUUACUGAAUGCCUAUCAGAGCAAGAUCAAGAUGCAGACCGAUGCGCAGCACGACCGUGAGAGGAAAGAGUUGGAGCAGAGGGUCUCACUGCGGAGAGCUCUACUUGAGCAGAAGAUUGAGGAGGAGAUGGUUGCUCUACAGAACGACCGCUCCGAGCGCAUCCGCAGUCUCUUGGAGAAACAGGCUCGGGAGAUCGAAGCGUUUGACUCUGAAAGCAUGCGUCUGGGCUUCAGCAACAUGGUGCUCUCCAGCUUGGCUUCGUCCGACGGCCUCAGUCAUAGCUUUCCGGGGGCCCAGAGCAGCUGGGGCUCCCAGCACAGUGCAAGCUCUCAGGGGUCACACUGGGGAGGUGGCUCAAUCAGCGCAGGGCACCAUGGUGGCAGCCAGCAUGGUUAUCACCACCAUCACCACCACCCAAGCCAGAGCAGCUCUAUCCAGCAGCCCUGGGGUCACGGCCUGUCUUCUGGCGGGCCGCCUCCCUGGGGGCACCAUGGGUCUGGGGGCAGUCAGCGCUCGAGCGGGGGAGGUGGUGGGCUACGAAACAGUCCCCAGGCGGUACGGCGGGCCUCAGGGGGCCGCAGUGAGCAGGGAAUGAGCAGGAGCGCCAGCAUCGCCUCUCAGAUUUCCAAUGGCUCGCACCUGUCUUUCACGUAAGACCGCCCGCUGCUUUCCCACAACACCCAUCUUACAAUUACCCUGAAUGCCAUAGGGGAAGGGAUACAGGGGCACCAUGGUCAAAGGGGGACCUGGAGGAAAAAAACAGUCUGCUUUUCUCUUUUCUACCCAUUCCUUAAUUUCUUGUCCUCUGAAUAAGUUUUAUAGACCUUGUAAGCACAAAAAUGCAUCCAUUGGAGUUCCACUUAUAAGGAUGUCAGCCAGAAAGGAGCGUAAAAGGUUGUGGCCACUUGUUUCUUCAAAUAUCAAACUUCAGUUAGAAUUCAGAUUACUUUUCUAAGUCACUUUGUGGUGAUGAGAAAAAUAGCAAUGAAUUCAGAUAAGAUGCUGUUUUAGUUUGAUAUGAGAAAGUUAGUGAUGGCGAGAUUUAAAAUAUGAAUGCUGUGCAUUACCUCUCACAGGUGAGAGGAAGAACUCUGGGUAUUGUAUGUAAGGGUUUUUAUCAUAGUCUUAUUUGCAGGUACUUUCCGUUGGUUUUUGGUUGUCAGAGAGUUGGUGUGGAGAACAUAUUUCCUUAGAAAUAAAGAUUCAUAAGAAAACAAUUGUAGGUGUGUGUGUGUGUAUAUAUAUAUAUAUAUAUAUAUAUAUAUAUAAAUACAUUACGUAGAUUAUAUAAACUAGAAUGGUUGGAUACCAGAAUGUGAAAGAAUCGAGCUUUACAGUGCACUUGACUUUUAGUUUAGCUUAGUUGUUUUUUUUGUGUGUUUUUUAAAUACAGGUGAUAUUAAUUAAAAUGUGUUAAUAAACAGUAUGCUUUACUUUUUUGUGCCACAACAUAUUUUACCUUUGAAAAUAUACUGUGAAAUUCCAAUACAUCAGCUGCCAGGAUUGUAUAUUUUGAUUGAUUAUCUUUUGAUGGCUGUAAUCGAUAAGAAUGAAUAAGAGACCUACGUAUGUUGCCAUGCAUUGCCAUCCUUCCACAGGUCUAGGUAGCCAAAAACACAAAUCUGGGUAGGGAUAAAGAGUAGAAUGCCAGCCUAAAAUACUGCUGCUCAAUCACAGUGAAUGUAUUAACACAUCUGAUCCUUUUCUAUUGGCUAGAAGCACAUGGACGGUUCUAAGAUCAAAAGAUACGAGCAUUUUAAUGUGGAGAUAUUUUAGAGGGUUUGAAAAGUAGGGUUUUUUCUGUCCUGGACUGCAUACAUGGGUGAAUCUCAUUAUAUAUUAUAUGAAAUGUAUUAAAAAAAAAUGGAUAUUAUUUCAAAUGUAAAGUAUUUAUACAUCAUGGUAGUAUAAUGUUGCUUUAUAACAGUAAUUAGAAUUACCAUUGAGAAUAAUGGAAUAACUCUCAAAAACAAAACUAACGUAAAAUGUCUGGACACAUUACAAUAAUGAGAAUUUGGGGAUUGAGAAUGUGCUUAAUUGUCAUGAAAAAGUCAAAAAGCAAAAAAAAAAAAAAAAAAAAAAAAAAAAACAUUGUGAUCAAAAAAAUGUCUUACAUUUUUCUUUUACUCUAGAGUUUGAGGUGAAAUAUGACCUCGACGUGUUUUUGUGAGAUUCACCCAAAUAGAGUGAAAAAUCAGCAGGAUUUUGUUAUGUACAUAAAUGUAAAAGAAUGUUGGCAUGGUAAAUCUACACUCCUGAAUAACAGUAUGACAAGAGCUGUUCCAGUAUAUUAAUGUUAAUUUUAGUUUUUUAUUUUUUAUUUAGAGAUGCCAAAGUUAACAAUCGCAACUAUGCAAGAGGAGAAUAUCCUGUUCCGUUCACUUUUGUGUUUUUACCUCUUCUCUCUGCAAACAUUGCAAACUUGAGUUUAAUGUCACAGAAAAGCACUUUACCAUCCCUUUCUACUCUUCCACUUUAUUGAUAGGUCUCCUGAACCUCUGGUGCCCCCCUCCUCCCCUUUCUCAGGCUGGGUUUCACAAGAGUGUGUUGUGUGGAUUUUAAGGGUGGGGAGGUCUGGGUUGGGUAGGCUUGAGAUGGCUGAAUGUUUUUUUGCUGGGCGGGUGGGUGCCGCUGCUGUCGUCCCUGCAAUGCCUUUGUCUCUUCCAAGCCCACCCCAGAGCUCCGGUGACUGCCGCCAACCUCACCCUCCAACUGAACACUUACCACAGCAUGUAGAAAAAGUGAGAAAUCUACAAGGAAAAAUGUCAGAAAGCGUAUACUAAAACAUUUUUAUGGUGAAAGGGUAUACAGUCAGGAGAAAGCUUUAAGUGGGAUGUAUAGGAAUAAGUUUGUGUAUAUUGUAUAUUUAGAAAUUUAAAUAAAUGAAUAAAUGGAAAUCAAGACAGUCAAACCCAAGUUAAAUCUAGACUAAAAUGUAAUUGCUUGAAUGUGAAGAAAUAAACAACUUGGUUUCUAAUAUUGAUUAUUUAAAAAGAAAAAAAUAUAUAUAAAAAUAGACACAAAGCAUAUUCUCAGAGGUGUCAAACAAAGCCAAAAACAUUACCACCACCCCCCCCCCCCCCCCAAUUACAUCACUCUUUAUCUGGACCUUUCCAUCAUUUUCUCUUUGCUUAUUGUGCUUCUUGCUUUCAAAGGAGUGAAUUACCAUAUUCACCAGUGCCAGUACUCAUGUUCAGUUAUCUGUGAACCAACAGAGUGAACUUUAAUUUUCACUUUAAUGUCAUUUUUAGUGUCAUUCAAAACUAGAAAAAGUUUUCAUAACUGCCAUCACACCUAUCACAAAAUGACUUCCAGGACAUUGGUGCAGUAGCCUUUCAGUUUUAAAUUCGACUUGUUUGAGAGAAUGAAUCAUGCUCUUGGUCAUAUUGAGCACAAUUGUCAUCCCUGAGCAUCUUGCUUGGCACACUGCUGGUAUAUGCAUGGGAUUACAGAUUACAUGAAAUGCCAUUAAGCUAUCAGUCUAUAACUAUAAGCAACUGAGCCAAUCCUAGGCCAAAUGUAACAAAUUAACAAGGCCAUGACUAGUAAAAUGAAAUCUGAAACAACAUGCCAUUAAAUCACUGGACCAGAGGAGUAGCCAUAAACUCAAAAUGACAUAACAGCAGCUUUAUUUCUGAAAGUGACAUUCAGGUCACAGUCAUUCUCCUGUAGUCUAUAUGCCUGAAUGAUAAAGCAGGAUCAAGCAGUAUGCGCCAAAAGAGAGAGAUGUGCCCUUUUAUUAAAGAGAGUAGAUUUCUUUCAAAGCCCUUCUCAUCCUGUUUUAAAGACCCUUUUCAAAAGCAUGAAAAUAAUGGGAUGAGUAAUAACGGGAGUACAUCUCUUUACAGUGCGCUUACCAGUAUUUCAACUGUUUUGUUUGAUGGCCAUUGUCUCCUUUUUCCUGUUUCAACAUUACCAUAACAAUCCAUAUAGAACCUGUAUUAAAAUGUAUAGAUUGUGAAAAAAAAAAAAAAUGAAUGUUACAAAAACUGUUAUGGCUGUUCAUAACAAAAAAAAAACUUAACAAGUGAAUUAAAAUGUACAAAAACAUCUAAAAACUUGAGGGGACAAAUGUAACGUUUUGUUUGUAAUUACUCCUUUUGUUGGCAGAGGGCUACUGGACAAAGAAAUCAACUGUAAUAAAGUAAUUUUAGUACA